AUGCUACGUAGAACUGCCAUGCGUUUCAUUGAUAUUGGUGCAAAUUUGACUGAUCCCAUGUUCAGGGGUGUUUACAGGGGAAAACAAGCUCAUGAAGAUGAUUGGCAUUUAGUCCUGGAUCGUGCUCGCAAGGCUGGUGUGGAGAAGCUUAUCAUUACGGGCACCAAUUUGGAAGAAGCGAAUGAGGCGAUCGACGUGAUCAAGCAGCACAACGAGAAUCAGAUGCUCUAUUCAACCGUUGGCUGUCAUCCUACACGUUGCGACGAGUUUGAGCAAUCACCCGGUGGUCCCACAGAAUACCUCAAUCAUCUACUUAAGCUUGCUCAAGAGAAUCCAUCCACUGUUGUGGCUAUUGGUGAAUGUGGUCUAGAUUAUGAUCGAUUACAAUUCUGUUCCAAGGAGACCCAGAAAAAGUACUUUGAAGCUCAAUUUGAACUGGCUGAAAAGACAAAGCUCCCCAUGUUCCUUCACAAUCGCAAUACGGGUGAUGAUUUUGUCAACAUGAUCAAGGCCAAUCGUCACCGAUUCACCCACGGUGUCGUGCACUCAUUUACAAGCACGGUGGAAGAGAUGAAGCAGCUGGUGGAUUUGGGAUUAUAUAUCGGCAUCAAUGGUUGCUCACUGAAAACGGAGGAGAACCUUCAAGUGGUUAAGGAGAUCCCAAGAGAUCGCCUAAUGAUCGAAACAGAUGCACCAUGGUGUGAGAUACGGCCUACACAUGCUUCUAGCAAGCACUUGGCAAAGAUACCAAAGGAAGAGAUGGAGCUCUAUGCCCCCUUGUCGAAGAAGAAGGAGAGAUUUGAAAAAGGAUUGAUGGUAAAGAAUAGAUGCGAGCCAUGUGCAACUGGUCUUGUCCUUCACGUAAUUGCUGCCAUUAGAGAUGAAGAUCCUGAGGAGCUCGCAGAGAUUAUUUGGAAAAACACUUCCAACUCCUUCGCUAAUCCCACCGAUGUCAUGCCAACCCCAUUAACGAAUAGGGCACCGAAAAAGAACUCCAAUAAAAAGAUUUCAAGUCCCAGUGUUUCGAAAGCAAAGGCAACACAAGAUUCCUUAGCAGGUCCACUCAACUUGGCCAGUAUCGAGAAGCCUUUCAAGAGCUCAAAGUACAAGACACCAAAGAAAUCCAAGAAUCUAAAGCAAAUUCUAGCAGCUGAAAAGACGCAAGACUUGGAUCUCAAUAUUCCUACAUAUCAAAACAUUGAAUGUCCUCCAUCCAUCCUUCCACAGCAAAAGUAUUGUGACAUUACGGGUCUGAUAGCACGAUACACGGAUCCAAAGACGGGGUUACGCUAUCAUAAUGCCGAGAUUUACCAGUUCAUCCGCACAUUAAGUGUACCAAACGUUCAAGCAUAUUUGGCGAGUCGUAAUGCAGCUGUCGUACUCAAGUAG